GCGUGUGUUGCCUGAUGCUUCACCGUGCUGCUUUCUGACGAGAUGUGGCUUCAAGUUGGAAGACGGAGGAUGCCAUUGUCUGAGUGAGCUGGACCACCAGCUGAUCAGUGCACGACAUACAAUCAAUUUCAGCUUUGGUAAAAAAAUACAAUUUCUCUGGGACGCUGCAGACAACAGGAAAAUAGUGGCGACUCCUACCCGUCACUGUGGACAGCAUGGAUAUUCAAACCAACCCAUCACAAGACUACAAGCAGCUUUCCUGAAACAAGCUCCCUGCGGGUUCACAACGCAGCUCAACAGAAAACAGCCCUCGGCUUAAGAUGGACUUUAUUGAUCAAAGCUGUAACACCACUGAAUAUAUGCGCAGGUACCAGCACUCCAUGUAUGCAGUGGUGUACAGCGUGAUCCUAGCACCUGGCCUGCUGGGUAACAUGCUGGCGCUCUGGGUGUUCGGUGUCUACAUCAGAGAAACCAAAAAGGCUGUGGUGUUCAUGAUGAAUCUGGCUGUGGCCGACCUGCUGCAGGUGCUCUCUCUGCCUCUGCGGAUUUACUACUACUUGAACAACACCUGGCCCUUUGGAAAUUUCCUCUGUAUGAUCUGCUUCUAUCUCAAGUACGUCAACAUGUACGCCUCAAUCUACUUCCUAGUGUGGGUCAGCGUGCGUCGCUGCCAGCUCAUCAUGCAUCCGUUGAGGUACAGCUCAUCCAGGCGGAAGGGGGACAUGUGUAUCUGUGGCUUUGGCUGGCUGUUCGUCUGUCUGGGCUGUCUGCCGUUCCCUCUGCUGAGGAACCCUGUUGCUGCACAGUCCAUCAACUCAAGUGAUCAGCUCCUCACUACAGCUGCUUCCAUCGCCACUCCGGUGUGUUUCUCAGAGCUGCCCCUGAGGCCCGUCAGUGCUCCAGUAGCCUUGAGUCUCCUGAUCUUAGCAGAGAUGGUGGGCUUCAUCAUCCCCCUCAUCCUGGUGUUAGCCUGCGCCUGUCUGACUGCGGGCAGCCUUCGAGAGUUGAGAGAUGGGGCCACUCCUGACCGAGGGGAGAAGCGGAGGGCGUUGAGGAUGGUGCUGAGCUGUGCUGCAGUCUUCUUGGUGUGCUUCGCUCCUUACCAUGUCACCAUGCCCCUGGAUUUCUUGGCCAAAGCCAACGCUCUCAGCAACUGUGCCCUCAGGAACCAGAUUCUGCUGUUGCACCCCAUCACGCUCUGUCUGGCCAGUCUGAACUGCAGCCUGGACCCGAUCAUGUACUAUUUCACCACAUAUGAAUUCAGGAGGCGACUGAGCAAACCAGAGAUUCCGGAGGACAGGACUGUCAGCAGGCAUCUGUCCUGCAUCACAGGACGAGAGAAGACAGAGGACAACUAGACUGCAGUCAUACCGAAAGAUCAAUAAAACUCAACCAUAAAACAUUGACAUUAAUCCUGUGCACUCCGGCAAACUAUGGAAAUAUAACUUAAAGGCAUACCAGUAAGAGAAACUAUGGGAGAAAUAACUUU